AUGGCAAAGAAGACCUAUGACUUGUUGUUUAAAUUACUUCUUAUUGGAGACUCUGGCGUUGGAAAGACGUGUAUUUUGUUUAGGUUUUCAGACAACCACUUUACAACGACGUUUAUAUCUACGAUCGGCAUAGACUUUAAAAUAAAGACUGUGGAACUUCGGGGUAAAAAGAUUAAGCUCCAGAUAUGGGACACGGCAGGACAGGAAAGGUUCCACACCAUCACCACGUCGUACUACCGUGGCGCGAUGGGGAUAAUGCUAGUGUACGACAUCACCAAUGAGAAAACAUUUGAUGACAUUGUUAAAUGGCUACGAAAUAUAGACGAGCAUGCUAAUGAGGAUGUGGAGAAGAUGAUACUAGGCAACAAGUGCGACAUGGAAGAGAAGCGUGUGGUGAGCAAGGAGCGAGGAGAAGCGAUAGCGCGCGAGCACGGCAUCCGGUUCAUGGAGACGUCGGCGAAGGCCAAUAUCAACAUCGACCGAGCGUUCUCAGAGCUGGCCGAGGCCAUCCUGGACAAGACGUCGGGGCGCGAGGCGGACGCGGACCACGCGCGCAUCGCCGUGGAGCGCCGGCCGUCGCGCGCGCCGCCCGCCCGCGCCUGCUGCUCCUAG